ACACGAACCAACGACCCAACCAACCAACCAACCAACUAACCUACCAAGUAACAAACCAAAACACUCACCAACUAACCAACUAGCCAAUUAACCAACCAAUCAACCAACAUGAGUAACCCUGUACGAUCCUUGCGAACCUUUGAUGCGUUCCCCAAGGUCAACUCCCAGAACACGGUGCGAUCGCAACGAGGAGGAUUGUCCAGUUUAAUGACGUAUAUAUUUGGACUUAUGUUUCUUUGGGUUGAAAUCGGAGGAUUCUUAGGUGGCUACAUCGAUAGACAGUUUUCCGUGGAUGAUGUGAUAAAACCUGGCUUAAGCAUAAAUAUUGAUAUGAUUGUGGCCAUGCCGUGUGAAUUUAUCCAUGCUACUGUCGAAGAUGUCACUUUGGAUAGGUAUCUCGCAGGUGAGACAUUGAACUUUGAAGGAAUGCAUUUCUUUAUUCCUGCCAGUUUUAACAUCAACAACGCCAAUGACGCCCAUGAUACUCCAGAAUUAGACGAAAUCAUGCAGGAGAGUUUGCGAGCCGAGUUUAGGGUUCAAGGACAGCGUGUCAAUGAGAAUGCCCCUGCGUGUCAUAUCUUUGGAUCUAUUCCUAUAAACCAGGUCAAGGGUGAUUUCAGAAUCACGGCUAAGGGGUAUGGGUAUCGUGAUGUGAUUGCUGCCCCCAUUGACAAACUUAACUUCUCUCAUGUGAUUCAAGAGUUUUCCUACGGUGAGUUUUACCCAUUUAUCAACAACCCUUUGGAUGCCACUGGGAAAGUCACAGAGGAAAAGUUUCAAAAGUACAUGUACAGUGCCAAAGUUGUUCCUACCAGUUAUGAAAAACUUGGCUUGAUUGUAGAAACCAAUCAGUACUCGGUUACGGAGAAUCAUCAGGUGUUGCAAAAAAAUCUGCAAACAGGUGUGCCUAUUGGUGUGCCCGGUAUAUACAUCAAGUAUGACUUUGAACCGAUUAAGAUGGUGAUUAAAGAAAAGCGAAUGCCAUUUAUGCAAUUUGUGGCCAAGUUGGCCACUAUUGCUGGUGGGAUCUUGAUCACCGCCAGUUAUUUAUUUAGAUUGUAUGAAAAGAUUCUUGGGGUGGUGUUUGGCAAGAAGUAUGUUGAGAAAGAUAAGGAAAAGAAAGACGGAGGGUUGCUUGAUCUGGAGAUAGACUUGAACCGCGAUGAUUAGCACGCUGUGUAGAUUAGCAUGUUGAAUAGACUAGCACGCUGUGUAGACCAGCGUACUGUAUAGAUUGAUAGUAUAUGCAUCACGUAUCGUAGC